AGACUUCAGAUUUGACAGCGCUCUCUACAAGUCAGGAGAAUAUUGUUCCAAUUACGGCGCAGUCACAUCAUUUAACACAAGCGCAUUAUAGCAGUACGAAUUAUUUGACGUCUAAACCAAACUCAUUUAAUAAUAUCACAUCAAUGGAGACAGAAAUCGACAAUAUAAUCUAUACUGAUAUUAAUGAUAUCCAUCAUUACAAAAAUCAGAAUGCAUUUAAAAGUCGAAAUAAAAUAUCAAAUGAGAAUAACUUGAAUCUAAUCAACGGUUUUGAUAUAUAUGCGACAGUUAAUAGAAAGGCAAAAUCUAAAUCUAAAAUAAACCAUAUUAGUAAUGAGUUUUUUGAUAAAUCUAUUAAGAAAAGAAAUAGUUUAAAGUACGUGGUCAAUUCAAAUAAAAUGUGUGUCUCUUUCCCAGAUUCAUGUGUUUUUGAGAAAAAUCUGAAAAAAAAUGAUUACAAUGAUGUAACACAUUCAGAAAAUUGCAUUCUUCCAUUUGACAAUCUGAAUAUUAAUUUAAAAACUCCUCCAUUAUCAAAAAAACUAGAUUAUUCUUUUGAUAACUCUGUACAUUCGUAUGAAGCACAUGAAUCAAAUUUAACAAUUCAAACAAGUAAACAUCAAAAUUCUAUAAUGUAUGUGAAUGAUAAAAAUCUUCUUGAAGAGACAGGUGAAAGGUUGUUUGAAUCAUCAAUUGAUUUAAGACUUUCCUCAGCAAAACUUGAAAAUGAACUUUCCAAUAUUGACCUUUAUUCGGAAGCUCAGUAUAAACAACAUAAAGAAACAAAUACGGAUGUUUAUAUGGAAAAAGAAUCUUGGUUGAAAAGCAGCUCUUGCAGGGAUCUUCUAAGAGAAAAUGAAGAAUCUAAGCCCAUCACAACCUUCGUUAAAGGCUUUCUAUCAUUUAAUAGAUUAGAAUCUCCAAUAACUAGAUAUGACGACUCAGGUCAUUUUAUAUAUUUGAAUAAAAAUCAGUCGCAUAAUACCUUUCAACACAUUUCAACACAUAUGAAUUACAAGAUUUAUUCGUCGAGUUAUCCUGGAAGUACACGCAGUAAUUUUGCACAACACAAACGCAUGUAUGGAAAUCAAAUAGAGUGCUCAGGCUCACAAGAUGAUAUUUCACAUGACAGCUAUGAGCUUUUAGAAAAAAGUAACCAUGAACUGUUUGAUAAAUUUACGCGAUCUGAUCAUAAUAUUCGUUCAUAUUCUAUUGAUUCGGGUAACUUUAUUUCUAGCGAUGAUGAAAUUGCUUCAGGAAAUCAAAAAUAUCGAUCAGCCAUGGAUGUAAAAUGUAAAUCAGUAGCCGACAUAAUGAAUGAAAUUUGGGAUUCAGGAGAUCCAAGAUAUUUUCCACGUGAAAAGCUUUGUGUUAAAUCGGAUGGAAGUUUUUACAAAAAAGUAAGGGAGAUUCAGGAUACUCAAAGUUCAAGUCAGGAAAGCCGAAGUGAUAUUUAUGAAACUAAGCCUUCCCGGGACUCGUACUGUAGCAAGAAAUCUCGGGACAGCUUGUAUAACACAGAUAGUAAAAAAUCACGAGAAACAACAAGAAGCAAGUCAUCUCUCAUUUCAAGCGUUGCAUCAAAAGAAUCUUUAAUUGAAGAUUCAUUGAUAGGAAAUUAUGAAAUGCCUAAAACAACAGGUAAAAAGGUUAGGAAAGAUUUGGGAAAUUAUCAUUAUAAGGCAAAUUCCAGUGUGGAAUCUAAAAGUGAUAACUACGAUGCUCCGCCGGAUUUUCUUCAAAGCCAAUCUUUAAAUAAAUGGUCUAAAGGUAAAAGUAUCGGAUGCUUACUUUUAGACAAACAUUGUUCAUUACUAAAUGGGUUCUUAUGUGAAAAUUGUGACACAAACCCAGCGUUCAAUAAAUAUAACCAAACGUCCAAAGUUCAGUCAAUUAGUCUUCAAAAUGUAGAAAUUGAAAAAAUUUCUAAGUCGCUUGGAAAAAAAUCCUCUGAGAACAUAAGUUCUAACAAAAAUCAAGAAGUGGAAAUGGCUACGAACUCACUACGUUCUAUGUCAAUAUAUGAUGAUCAAUAUGUACAACAUCACCACAAAAAAUGUCAAGUAAAUGUUGCGAUUCGUCGAAAGUCCGAUAGUGAAAAUAUAUUUAGUUUCGAUCAAGAUAAAAUUGAAUCUUUUACUAGCUGCGAUAAAGAAGAUGAACAAUCUAAUUGUGAUAAUAAAAAUGAAAAUAGGCAAGACUACCCGUUGACCCCAGAACUUUUAUCUGAAUUUGAUAAACAGCUUAAAACUCCUAAGCUUGAAAGAAUAACACGAAAAGAAGAACUUAUGGCAAAAACUCAUUUUGAGGAAUAUAACCCCAAAGUGAAAAGCAAUCAAUCUAGACAGUUGACCAAUGUUUUAGUACCAUUGACUCAUAGUCAUGUAACAGUAGAGCGAACCAAAAGUGAUCCAAAUUCGUUAGCGAAUCGAUCAGGGUCAUGCAAAAAUCAACGGCGUCAUAUAUUGAUGCACCAAAAGUCUAUUGAUCUUACUCCCGCUGACUCAAGUGAUGAAGAUUAUUUUUAUAAGCAAAUACCUAGUGCUCCACCACAGUACAAAGCUUUUGGUAACUUUGAAGUUCCAAAAACCAACACUAUGAUUGCAUCUCUAGUAGAUAUAAAAAAUACGGAAUUUGAAAUUCUGAAAAAUUCCUUUCACGAAAUCGAAUUUUGUGCUUCAAAAGUCUUGAAAGAAGAAAUUCCGUACGUUCUUCAUAAGCGUCAUGUUAUCAAUGGGACUUCAUCUUCACCAAAUGAGAAGAAAUUCCAAAAACCAAGGAGUCCUAAAUCACCAAAAUCUCCCAAAUCUCUAAUAGUAUCAAGUACUAAUUCAAAAAGUUAUAGCAAUAUUUUACCUGACAUCCUAGACAGCGUACUUCCAGUACGCAAGGAAGAACUCUUGUUCUCGCAGAACGUAGAUUUUUCAAAUAUUGAUUAUAUCAAACAAAAAGAAGAUGACAGAUCUUUUGCAACAAGUGAUCUUCUUAGCUUGAAUAGUUGUAAAGUGAAGGAUAUGGAUAAACGGCUUUUGGAAAAACUAAACAAAAAAAUCAACAGAAUUGAAAGUGACUCCACGGCAAAUUAUAAAAACGAAACACCUCAUAAAGAACAUCAAGACCGUCUCUCGGAACAAAAACAAUUUGAGUUAUGUCAAAAUUCAACCAAGUUUAGCUCAAGUAAGAAAAUUAUUUCUAAAACGAGAGCAUUAAAUAAAGUAAAAAAAAAUAAGACUCGCAUAACAUCUUUUUCUUCUGAUGACGAAAGCCUAGACUCCGACGAUGUUUUUGGGUCUGCUGAGCCUAUUCCAUCAACAUUAGAAUUUUCACCUCCACAAUCAAGAAAAGAAAUUGAACCAAUUCUGCAAAUAGAACAAAAUAAACUUAUAUCAGCUGCUUGGGGCAGGGGACAGACUAUGAGUUCUACAGAAAUUGAAGGCUCUCCGCCCCAAUGCAGACGUUUGCCAGAACUAGAUAGCCGAUACGAUAACAUAAAGCUGGACUCCAACGUGCUUUUCAACGGUAAAGAACUUCGACGAAUCUCAGAACGAUCUAUUUCUAUCCCGAGCUCUGAAGAGGAAAAUUAUAUUUCAAGUAAAGAUAUUUGCGACCAUCAGCAAAAUGAAAAAAAUUCCUUCCCCAUUAUAUUGAAUUCGGAUCUAGUUCACAGUGAAGAAAGUAAAAAUGAAAUAACCAAAGCCAAUACAUAUGUUUUUAAGAAGAAUGAUUCUCAACAAUCUUCUCAAAUAGUUAAAUUAGAUCCUCCGGCAGUUAAUUCGCGAAAGCCAAUUUUGCUUUCCCGUGAAUUUAAUUUAUCAGAAGGUUCGGCAACUUUGCAGGAAAAAAUGCCUUCUUUAAAAACUCCAUUAAAAAUUCGAAGAACCAAAAGCCUUGAAAUUUCAAUGUUAGCAAUGCAUAAUUUACCACAGUUAAAUGCGUAUUCCUCAAAAGAUGAUACUAUUGAAUUUCAAGAAGAAGCUGAUGUUUUGGAAGAAAAGGUAUUACAAGUCCAACAAAAAAUAAAUAACACUGAAGGAGAAAUGCUUGAUAGUGUUCGUUCAUGUGCUGGAUCAAUUCCUUCGGCACAGAUUUGUCAUUCAUCACUUAAACCCGAAACGACUAUAGUAGCGGUUAAUAUUGACCUUGAAGAAAGUAAUCUACUUCACCAACUAGCUUUUAUUGAAAAAAUCACAUUGAAAGGAGUUAAAAUUAAGGACAGACACACAUCUAAAAUGGAACUCAGAAGUGGUGAUCACCUUAUUUUAGAUAUUCCAAAGUACAACUUUGACUAUUCACCUUUAAAUUCUUGUACUAGUUCAAGAAAAACAUCACCAGGUGUAUCUCGAGCAAGUAGUUUGGAAAGCACUGGUCUAAGAAAGUCCAAAAUGAAAGCCAAAAACUCAGAUCUAACGAAACUUAAGCUAAAUGUAGAAAACGCAUUUAGCACAAAAAAAGAUAAAGGAAGAAUUUCAAAGGAUAAUCAAAAGUUAAUUGAAAAGGAACGAAAAUCGAGCAGAGAAAAGACAAAAAUGCUAGAAGAAACUGAAGCCAAUAUUGCUAAGCGAAAGGAAAGACAACAAAAACUAUAUGAAUCUGCAAUAAAGCAAACAAUAACUAUGCUUAGUCCUGUUAUGGACAAGCUUCCUCCAUUUCCAACACCCGAAGAUAAAAUCUCCGUUAAGACAGAAGGUGAUAAAAUUAUUAUAGAAACUGAAUUCAAAAGUAAAGCUAAGGAUCACGUUUUGAUAGCAAAAUCUCCUCGAAAGCUUGAUAGUUCUCUUAUAAAAUUUAGUAGAAGUUUUGAUGAAGGUUGCAUUAUAAAAAAACUAGAAAAGGCAAACCGAAGCUUUGAAGAUCGUAAGAAAUCGUUUGAAGAUUCUGAAAAGUCAGAAACAACAAGCGACGUCGCUGUCGAAUCACCUAAAACUACAAAUAAAAGUCAUUCAUUUGAAGAGAGCGAAGUUCAUAAUAAGGAUCGUAUAUUUUCUAAUUUAGAAACAAAAUUUGCAUCAAAGACUGCACUACCUAAUGUACAUACAAAUAAUGCAAAAAGAUCAUUUCGUGCAGAGAGUUGGGUUAGACCAAAAGAAAAUAAUGAAAAAGUUAGGAGCGUAGUUGCUGACCGUAGAAUAUUCGCCAAUCAUAGUUAUUUAAAUGAAGAAAUUGACACGCAAGCCGUUAUAUCGGAAAGAAGAUCACUUGAAAUACUCAAACGACAAUAUCCAAAAUCUGAAGACACAGGUAGGGAUAGCGAUGGCAGCCAUAUGCCUUCAACUGGUGAUAGUAUUGAUUCUUAUGUCUCUGUUGAUGAAAGUACUUCUGAUAGUAAACCAUCAUUCACUGCCGAAGAAAACGCAUAUAGAGUUCCUACUAUAGAAUGUGAAGAAGCUUCAUUAGAUGAUCCUGAAAAUUUAAAUGAAAGUCGUCACUUGAAAGUAUCACAAAGUAGUAAUUACUAUUUAAGCCUAGACCGUAGUGAUGAAACCGGUUCAUGGAUGACUGUUGAAUGUGAAGAAUAUAUAGGAUCUGAUACAUCAGAAAAUGAUCCUCGAACUCUUGAACCGAAUGGAGAUUCUUUAGUCAAACAAACAACUUUGGACGACGCUGCUGAUUUAAAUAUCAUAUCAGCUUCUACAUCCUUUCCAGAUCAAAAUGUUCAAAUAAUACUUACAGAUAUAGAUCAGCUGUUCUCAACUCAUUCACCGAACGAAAGCAUUGGUCCCAAUGUAAAACACAUACAAACAAUUGGGCAACAAAAUGAUAAAUCCGAGAAUUUUGACAUUUGUGCAAAGGAGGAAUUUGGAGGUGAGCGAUGUGAUUGGAGUCCAUCUUUCAGUAGUAAAGAAAAAAGUUCAGUAGAAGAUGAAUCCAGUGUAAGUUGCUCGAUUGCACGCCCAUUGGGUAUCUCACAAGAUUUUGGAGACGUGGAAAACAAAAAAUGUUUAGAACUCAAAGAACAAAUGCUUAAAACAAAUUUUGAAAAACCCAUUGAAACAAAAAACUUAUCAAAUCCUAAUAAAAAAUCUAUAACUCCUGUUUUGGAAAAGCAAAGACCUGUGGACUUUGGAUCAAGUACUGAAACAUUUCAAGACGAUCUAGAAAAAAAUCAAGCUCAAUCUUUUUUUAAAGAUGAAGAUAGUCCAAGCGUUAAUAUUUUUGCGAAAUUUCCUUGUAUGUGCGAACCUGGCAAAAAAAAAAAUUCAAGGAAUCCACGAUUGAAUAGUGUUAAUACUGUUGAUAAUUGUCAAAAGUCAGGAAGUGACCAAAGUUCACAGGAAUCCAAAUCAAGCUUUGACUCAAAAACAUCUUUAAGCAUUGAGUCAAAAGGUUCAUUUGAAACUGAAAGUAGUUCUGGUUCACUUGGUCUGGCUCAACGUCACGGCUUGCUUUUGCAAAAAGAACAACAGUCAACAUGGAAACCCUUCACAAUGGAAAGCUCUGGCAGCUCGAGUAUAGAAGAAAAAUAUCAAGAUAAUAAUCCGGGGUCCUUUCAGUCCAUUGACCAUGUAAUUGCUUUAAACGAUUCUUCGGAAAAUGAUUUUAAAGAACUUUUAUUAAGAGGUCAAAAAGUUAGUGAUAUACAAUGUAAAGAUGAACUUAUCGACUUGUCAACUACAAUUGGUUAUCCUGUAUUAACAAGUACUUUAAGCGGUAUUGGAACUAAUACAACCGAUAUUAUUGGAUAUAGCACUGGAUUCGCAACCGGUAGAACUCUUUCACGUAUUUCAGAAAGAAGCACAGCCUCAGAAAAAUCGAGUAUUGAAGAUGAUGUCAGUAAAGCUUCAACACAUUCAGUGAGUAUGCGUGAUGAAUCCGCCGGCUCAACAGAUCAUCAAGCUAGCCUUAGCUCAGAUUCUCGCAGCAAUACAAACAUAGCUUACAUAUCGGAUGCAGAAAGAAGAACGUCAGCUGAAAUGCCAGAUAUACCUUGCGAUUCAGGUACAGGCGAACGAUUGUCUUGUAUGAGCAGUUUGAUUGAUAAUAAGUCUUCGACUGUAAUAACUGGAAGAUUUGCUGUCACUCAAGUUGAAGAGAAAACGCCUGAAGAAUUUGAUAGACAUACCUUACUAUGUCUCUCAAAUCCUGGAAGCCAAGACUCUGAAGAUUGGCCAUUACCAGAAAUUCCAUAUGAUUUUGUACCAGUGAAGUCAGCUGAACUGAUUUUCUUAGUGCCUGAUUUAGAUAAAUCUGUGCCCAACACAUUUUGCUGGAAAAGUACGUCCUUACAUCCUCAAGAUGGUAGAGACUGGCAUACUCCUUUAUUCAAUUCCCAAGGAUUUUCUUCAACAGAAAAAUUGGAGCCGUUUCAAUCUCCUGCAUGCAUUAGUAGUCCAGAAACGACAGUUGAUUUCAUUGAUACAACUAAGUACACUUUAGAAGAUAUUCAGUACACACAAACUCCCAAAACUUGUUUGUCAUCUCCUGAGGAAACAAAAAUUUUACCGUAUGCAGAUACCUCUUACUUUAUGUCGUCUUUUUUUAACAAUAAUAGUGAAGUAGAUGAUGCAUGUUUUUCCAAAGAAGAUUUAACCCCACCGAACUGCUUAAACUCUGUAUCAUUUUUACCAUACUCUUUUAAGGACAAAUGCUGCACAGUAUUAAAAUCUUUUUCAGACAAUUCGCUUAUAAAAGAAAAUGUAUCAAAUGGUGUCAUAAUUUUGCAGCCAACACUCUCUCCAAGAAAUCUUAGCCCGCUUUCAGUACAGGAUACAAUUUCGAACAAUGAUGUCUUUUUGUCAGGAGCAGCAAAAACUAAAUUAUCUCCUCAACUCAGUAGAAAACAUACCUGUAGCUCGAAUAAUUCAGACACAUCAGCGGAUGACAUAGCUUCAUUAUCAGGCUUGACAUUACAAGAAGACCAAAUAACUAUUCAUAGAGGUUUAGAUAAACUUGUUAACUCGAACUGCCAUAGAAAAUGUAGCCAUUCAAGUCAUUCUGAAGAAGAAACCAGUUCAAUGGGUACAGAUCUUGAUGGCACAGUUCGCAUAGGCUUGCAGCUAAAGAAUUGUACCCAUAGCUCUCAUUCAGAAGAUACUUCAAUUGGUUUAAGCAUAUCAGAAUGGUCAACUGGAACUAACACUGUACACCAAUAUGCUAAUCUUUCAGGGUCGGAUAGCCUUUCAGCAGUUUCUAAUCAUUCCUGUGGAGUUAAAAGUGAAAAAUCAAAUCAUACAAAAUCAAGUGUAAGUUCAUUUAAUAAAUCUUCUGAAAGUCUCCGUGGAAAAACUUCACAUUUUUCCGGCAGUAAGCAAUUAUCUGUAGAAAUUAGUUCAUCGGAUGGGAUUUUGUACGAUAUUCUUUCGAGUUCGGAAACUGAUAAGCUAUCUGAUUCUGUGAGCAAAAGCAAUGAGUCAACACCUACAUUAACAGAAAUGGCGGCUAAGACAGUUACGAAAUGGCCAGAAUCUAGCAGUCGGACACUGAUUACAAGCCAACCUCAAAUAUCAAAAACUAAAAAUGGUAGAUGCAAGGAAUAUAUUCCUCUCAAAAACGGGCGAGAUGUAAAAAACGUUGAUUUGAUAAAAGAUAAAAAAUGCAUUUACCCUUUGAAAAGUAAUACUAAAAAUUAUUCCAAUAUUGAAAGUAAUCAGCAUGGCUAUGAAAAUGUGUUUUUAAAUAAUAUUCCCAACAAGAGCUCAAGAGAAAACGAUAAAUUGUUCAGUGAAACACAUCUUGACAUUUCUGGCAUAAAUUCUGCUUCCAAAAAACUUCACUCACUUGAAGUUAUGUCAAAACGAUAUCAAAGCGCUGAAGUUUUAUCUGAUGCAGAGAUGUUCAUUGAAUAUUUAUACCCUCCCUCUGAAAAACUCUCUGCACUCUAUCAAAGCCAGGAAUUUGCACCACUGCAACCAACAUCUAUCGAUUCAAGAAACAAUUCUGAGACUUUUUCAUUACCACUUUUAGAAUAUGAAGAUAAAAAAAAUUCUGCAAAUGAAAAAGAAGAAUGUCAAUUACAAAAAUCUCAUUCAUUUCAGGAAGCGGUUGCUUCGGAGAAAAGCCUUAUAAGUGGAAAGAAUCGUGACACUACUUUAGCAAAUAAACGAACAACAUUUACAGAUAGUAUGGAACUAAAAAUAGAAAACUUUUCGCCAAAACAACAUAAUAUCGUUGAUAAGACUUAUAAUUCAUUGCCCUUAAGCGGAAAGGAUGCUGACAACUUGUAUCAUAAAAAAUAUCCUACAGUCAAAAACAAUAUGCGAUCGUAUCGUUUUCAAAAAGAAAAAGAUAAUAUGACAUUUGAUGAACUUGAAAUACCGAAAUCAUGCAAGAGUCAAUAUGGACAGUCCGAAGAAGAAAAAAAGCUUGAGUUGAGUGAUUGUUAUGAUCAUCAUACUUGUACAGAAUUUUGUGAUGGGAAUAUUUGUGGAACUGAGUUGCCCUCGAACACAGGCAAUGAAAUGGGCUUUCAACAAUUUGAUCGCUUGCAGCAGUUUACCUUUCGAAUUUCCCCAAAAUCUAGUAACAGUGCUGAGACUUUUACCAACAAGAAACCUAUAAAACCUACGCGGCAUAAGAAACGUCAGUUGAUUUGCGAUGAAUCUGUGGACACGGAGCAUAAAAUCUUACAACACAUGGAAAAAAAAAGUAUUUUCGAUCAAAAACAAAGAUUAUGUGUGUGCAUUAGUAAUGAAAAAAGUGUUCAGAAGCUUGCCGAUAACGAGCUUCCUUGCCCUGAUUUCUUAUCAGACUAUGAAAAUGAUAGAGCAAGAGAUGAUAUACCUCAACAUUUUUCCGCCUAAGCUACUUUGAAAAGGAUUGAAAUUUAAACAUGAAAUAUUUAAAAAAUCUUUUUCGUAUGAAAUUCAAAGUAUCAUUAUAAGAAAUAAUAAACACAUACAUAAUAUUUGAUCCAAUUUAAAAUCGUUUUACUUGAAAAUAAUUUAAAAAAUUAAAUUAUGUUUGAUCGAAAUGUUAAAGAGUGAAAACAAGUAAACGCGUAUUUCAAUGUAUGAUGGAAGAAUUCAGCUAAACCAUUUUCUUGCUUCAAAGCAACCAAGAUAUUUGGUGUUUGAUACAAAGUUUGAUAAAUUUUAGAUUGCAAUUUCCUUUAAAAUAACACUCUUAUAAUGUAAAUCUCGAAAACAAUACUGUUGUUGAACAAAUAAUUUAAUUUUAAAAUAAAACCAUGGAUUUUAUUUGUAUUUUUUUUUAAAUAGGAGAAUUGUUUGUGUCAGCAAAAAGCUAAAUGGUCACCACAUUCAAAUUAAAUUUAAACGGUACACACUUAGUUUAAGAGCAGGGGCAGUUCUGUUUGAAAAGGCAUUACAUACAUUUUUUAAACAAUAGAGCGUGUUUGCCACAAGGACAGUAGCUGAAACCUUAGACAAAAGCAAUGGAUUGUAUUCCCCACAGUCCAAUUCACAAAAAGAAUAUAUAGAAAACAAAUCACAG